CACCAUAUCCCUCAUCCUCUGGCCGCGCAGUCUUUCUCUAUAUAUUCAAUUAGAGAAGAAAGCUACCGCACGAACCAUUAGGAUCCAACCAGUACUUGACCUAGAAGAAGAACACUGACCUCAAGCUCAGCACUACUACUACGACAAUGUUCAAAAUGGCGAGUAGGAAAGUGAUCAUUGUCGCUCUCAUGUUGGUUGCCAUUAUCGGAGUUGCCAUGGCGGAGUCACCAGCACCCUCCAAGGCCUCAAAGAAUCCGAAAAAAGACACGGAAAGCGACGGCAACGACGGUUCUCCAUCAGCAUCACCCCCUAACCCGAAAGACUCGUCCUCCUCAACAUCAUCGGCCGAUGCCCCCAAGGCGAAAGACUCGUCCUCCUCAUCAUCAUCGGCCGAUGCCCCCAAGGCGAAAGACUCAUCCUCCUCCUCAUCAUCAUCAGCAUCAUCCCCGAAGGGCUCGGACUCGUCUUCAUCGGCACAGUCACCCAAGUCCGACAAGGGGGGCUCCUCAUCCUCUCCCACUUCUUCACCAUCUCCUAAGGCAUCUCCCGCCAACGCACCAGACUCUUCUUCUUCCGGCGGCUCAAGCGGCAAAUCAGCACCAUCCCCCAAACAGUCUCCUUCACCUAAAGCGUCUCCGGGACCUUCAUCCGACUCUUCCGAUGGCGGUAGCAGCGGCGGCGGAAGCGGCAGCGGCGGAGGCAAAGCAUCACCACCCAAGGGGUCAGGAUCUUCCUCUGGCGGUAGCAGUAGCGGCAGCGCUAAAGCACCAACUCCCUCUGGCGGUAGCGGCGGCAAAGCACCGUCACCCAAGGGGUCAGGAUCUUCAUCAUCUGAUUCAUCUGACUCAUCAUCUUCAUCUUCAUCUUCAGGCAGCAGCAGCAAGCCACCCAAGGGGUCAUCAUCAUCCAGCUCCGACGACUCCUCUUCAACCUCCUCCGCACCGGUACCAGACUCGUCGGCUGCAACAUCUCCCCCCGUCCCCACCGAUGACACCACUACCGGUAGUGAUUCCCCUGUUGUUCCUCCCAGUGAGGCUCCGAAAUCUGCUGCUGCGAGAAAGGUCUCCACCGCUGGCGCCGCCGCGACUAUCGUAGUGGUCGCUGGCUUCUUUGCUUUCUGAGUUUUUAAGUUAGUUUUCGUUUCUUUAAGUUGAUUUCAAUUUCCAUGCAUACUGCUAUAUAUAUGCGCCUAAUUUCAUCAGAUAAUGUUCUUAGUGAUCAGGAGUGAUCACUAAUUAAUUGUCUCUGUUUGUGAGAGUCAUAAUUGAUGAAUCUUUUGUCCCUAAUUAUUGUUUGAUAAAUUAACUCGAUGCUAGCUCUUGCAUGCAUGCAUUCAUGCAUGCAUUUGCUCAACUACUAAUGUAUUGCCAAAGAUAAUGAUCCUUGCGUCUGGCUAAAUUUAGCCGACUCUAAAGCAUAUUCACCACUAUUGUCGAUUCAUUAACAUACUUUUAUUAAAUAAAUUUAUCAUCCAACGA